AUGUUGUACGAACUCUUUGCGCUCGGAAAGAAGAGUGUAUUCGACUGGCCUCGAGAAGGAUUGCUCACUACAGCUGUGAACAUGGUAUGGGGCGACUCGGCUCGCGAAAGAACCCUGGUCGAAUGGAUCCUUUCUCUUUUGAAGCCUUCGAUCAACCAGAGUAUGUGGAUCGAUUCUCAGGUGCUAUCCAUCAGCUCUUCCCUAGUACAAGCUCUUCAGGUUGCGUUAAUUCGCCAAUACCAUUGGGUAACGGCGACCAUUUACAACAACUGCAGCGACUUGGGCUAUGGAACAGGCUUCUACCAUGUAGAAUCAGAGUUGAACGGCGCUAUGAUUCUGCAAAACAUCAGUUACGCGAAUGCAUACGAUGAUUUGGAUAAUUGGCUGUGUCGCAGAAGGCCACACGAAGACUGCGACCGCUUUUUAUGCUGUUUCCAUCUUAGUGGACUCCACGUCCGACAGGUUUUGCUGCGCGCUUUGGGCUAUUACGCUAUCUAUCGGAGGAAUUUUAUGUAUUAA